AUGAACGAGCACUAUUUACCUGCAAAGGCCUUUCCCGCCCAACAACAACCACCGCGGGCUUCGGGCCCGUCUCUUCUUGCCUGUCUUCUAUGUCGCCAUAAACAUCUUAAGUGUGAUGGCGCCACGCCUGUGUGUAGCCGUUGUGCGGCCACCGGCGCAGAAUGCCAGUAUACCCCGUCGCGCCGCGGAUACAAAGGUCCCUCGAAGAAACGCCGGGCCAAUCCCUCCUCGCCCGAGCAACUGCCGGCUGAUCUUGCUGCCACUUUUGAUCCCAACCUUGGCUAUUACAAUGUGCCUGUGGACUGGAUGAACCCUUAUCCGUAUGUACCUACGACAACACUUGCUCACUCAAGCUCUUCGGGGAGUAGUCCUCAGUUCAUCGAACAACCUGGUCCUCCGCAGCAGGCAGUCGUCAAGAACGCGCCCUUGACUCCUGAAUCAUCAUCUUCACUUUCGAAUGAUGGAUUCCUCGUCGACAUCUACUACCAGAACUUUCACCCCUCACAUCCGAUUUUGCCUCCUAUCAGGGUGCUCUAUCAAAACCGUGUGCCGCCUUUCCUUGAGCAGGUUGUCAAGUUCAUUGGAGCUCAUUUCACCCCCGCCGUAUCGAGUGAAACUUAUCGACCCGGCAUUAUGGCAACUGUCAUGGAGCAGGAAAGGUCGAUGGAGAAACUUCAAGCACUUCUGCUGCUCGCAAUUGUCCUCCAUUCGCGAAAUGAGCGUGACAAGGCCAAAGAUUGCAUCAUUACUGCGGUUGACAUGGCCUUUGAACUCGGUCUUCACACUAGGGAUUUUGCUACCACCAUGGGCGGCGGUGACCCCCUAAGAGAAGAGUGUCUGAGGCGGACAUGGUGGGAACUGUUCAUCAUUGAGGGUAUGCUAACGGCACUCGGUCUUCAAAAGACUCCUCGAACACAUAACGUGCCCCUCGAGGUGCCACUUCCGUGUGAGGAACGAAUCUACCAAGAUGGUAUCGAGCCUCCGCCGCCGCCGACGAUCGCGCAGUUUGAUGAGCGUGUCUUUGCCGACGAGGAACGGGAUUUCUCGUCUUAUACAUAUCGAAUCGAAGCGGCGCGAAUCCUCGGGCGAGUCGUGGCCAUUCAAGACCUGGUUGAAGGCCAACAGGACCAGGUGGAAUCGAUCGACGCCCGGAUCACAAGCUUCUUCCACCUCCUCCCAGAGUCCAAAGCGGAGCUUAUGCGGCCUGACGGAACCGUAGACGAAAUGAUGUUCCAGGCCACAAUGGUCGUGAACGGCACGGCGAUCUACCUCCACUUCCCGCGUUCGGACCUGCUUUCAUCCCCGGCCGUCGCGGCCGAAGUGAUUUGCGGGCACCACGGACCAUGUUCCAUCCCUGCAUUUUCGCACCACUCCCACGCGAUGAAGGCCGUCAAAGCCGCCAGCGAAAUCUCAUCGCUCGCCUCUAUCCGGAUGCCCGUGGUCAAACACACGCCGUUCUUCAUCUGCUCGCUUGUCAUGAGCUCGAUCGUGCAACUUGCCGCUUGCUCGGUCAAAGCAGGGCAGAUGCCGGAUCCCAGUCGCGAUCGCUUGGCGCUGACCAUCGGGGUGUUCAAGACCUUGUCAACCACCUGGGCGAUCUCGCAGUCGAUCAUGCGGCAGAUCAAAGCCGUCGCUCGGGAUGUCAUGGACAUGGGCUUACGGCCGACAAUGGCGAUGGAGCAGAUUGAUUUGAAUACGGUUCUUGACAACAACGGCCGGUUCUGGCUUGCAGAGGCCCUCCCGAGGUAG